AGAAAACGUUUCGUCGUGCUGGUCGUAUUCGCCAUGUUUUGGGGACCUCAUGAAUGUAAAGAUAUCAGCGUUGAAAAAAGAAGUCAAAUCAAUCCUGAUGUUGCAAAAAUCUUGUCUGACUACGCUAAAAGGAUAAAGGAUCUGGAGUCAAAGCAAGGAUGGUGUAAGGAUGGCGCGCCAGGAGUACCAGGGUUACCCGGAAAACCAGGCAAGGAUGGCCGUGAUGGUUUGCCAGGAAAAGAUGGCGUCGGUUUACCAGGCUCAGCAGGUCCAAGAGGACGAGAUGGUCGUGAUGGCCAACAUGGUGCCCCUGGACCAAAAGGAAGUGCUGGUUCGCAAGGUCCGCGUGGUGAUCACGGAAUAAGGGGUCCUCCUGGUCCCAAAAGUGGCGGUGUUCAGUACAUACGCUGGGGAAGGAGCACGUGUCCUUCUGAUGCAAAACUUGUCUACAAAGGUCGUGUGGGUGGAGAGCAUUACAGCCAUACAGGUGGUGGUUCCAACUAUGUAUGCCUGACAGAAAACCCGAAGUACGCAAGUUACACAAACACCCUCGAAAAGGUGUCAGCAUUCAUGUUUGGAGCUGAGUACGAGCUUAGUAGCGGUCACGCAAACCCAUUUAACAAACAAAACCUUCACAACCACGACGUCCCUUGUGCUGUGUGCUUUGUUCCAAACCGUAACACUAAACUGAUGAUCCCGGCAACUUACGAUUGUCCUGCGGGAUGGUCCAAAGAGUACUGGGGAUACCUUAUGACAGAGUAUUACAAUCACCAAAGUCAGAAAGGAUUCAUUUGCGUUGAUCAAGACCCUGAGCCCGUCAAAGGAUCGGUUCACAAUCAUAACGGAGCGGUUCUGUAUGGUGUCCAAGGAAGGUGUGGCUCUCUGCCUUGUCUUCCUUACGUUGAAGGCCGGGAACUGACAUGCGCAGUGUGUACCAAGUAAAACUGGAGCAUGCGCAAAAUGAACCAAGUGUUACCGUCGCAUGAGCAAUAAUAUCUUGACCAAUCCUAUUCAAAUAAAAAUAUGUAGUUAAUUGAAUAGAAAAUAAAGCUGAUUCAAAAUGAUA